AUGCCCACACUAUAUGUCAAUAACCUCAAUGACAAAGUAUCGAUACCAAAGUUGAAGGAAAAGCUUCUCCAUCUAUUCAGCCAGUACGGUGACGUGCUUCAGGUCACCGCCCAUGGCAAUUUGAAAAUGAAAGGCCAGGCAUUCAUCACCUACGACCUGGAGUCAGCGGCGAAGAAAGCCCAAGAAUUCUUACAAGAGUAUUCCCUUUUUGGGAAGCCAAUGAAGAUACAAACCGCUCGACUGGAGCUGGAUGGCUUCCAUGAGAAACAGGGUAACGCCGAUGCCAUCGCUAAACGCAAACAACAGAAGGCGGCCCGCCGAGAUUCGGAGCCAAAGCCAGAGCCUCCGAGGAAGAAACGCAAGCUUAAUAACCCUCCCAGUGCUAAAUUAUUGCUUCAAAACGUGGACAAUGCCGAGGACGACCACGUGCUGAAGAUUGUUACUGCCCUCGCAGGGUAUGCUAGUCAUAAGGUAAUUAAGGCACGGAAAGUGGUGAUCAUUGAAUUCUCGCUGGAGUCUGAUGCCACUAGUGCCAUGGAAUCAGUUGUGACGCAAUUCGGCGAUGAAGCCAUCGUUGAUUACGGUAAAUAG